AUGUCAUUCAUUAAGCGAUUCUUACUCCGCAGGGUGACUGCUGUCGCAGUUGCGACUGCCGCGUCUUUGGUCAUAUACCUCUUCGUCCUCCUCGGUUGCAUAGGCAAAGGCGCCGGUAUCGACACCCUCCAGUGGGUGAACAUCAUCCAGACCGCCCAGAACAGCAAAGUCACUGGUGAAAUCAAAAUCGGCUACUUUGGAUUCUGCACCAACCUCCCAUCACCCGAAAACCCAACAGCCGAUCGCGUAUUCACAUGCUUCCCGCGCGGCAAACCCCCAUCCCACUCCAAUAUCCCCAUCGAACACCCCCUCUUCAUCACUGCCAAUUCACUGCAGAAAAAUGCUUUGUACCCGAUCCCCGCACUGGCUGCUGUAUUCUUCCUCCUGCCGCUACUCUACUACUUUAUCGCGGAGCGCCACGGCGGGCGCAAUGAAAAAGCCGCAAAAAUCUUGCUCGGCGUAUCAGUAGCUGUGGGGAUUGCGGGUGCGUUGACGAGCAUGAGUGCAGCACAAGCACUGCAUGUAUCGAGCGUGGUUUCGGGUGGCGCUACGGUUAUAAAUUCGGGGAGGUGGAUGAUGAUUAUGUUGUGGGUUGCAGCGUCCGCCCCCAGAUUCACCACCAGGGCCACCUACGGUUAUACCACGCAAACCACCAUCAGGAUCUUCAACUGGAACUUAUCCAAGACCGCCUCCAGGUCCCUCCAGGCUCCCCGGGAAUUAUCUGCUGAAAUACUGCAGCCUAGCUCAGGUGCUGAAGCUCCAAUGCUACCACCACUACCUGGUGGACCUAGUGGACCUGGUAGAACUCCUGGAACUCCCAGACACACAACCCAAGGCAGAUCCUCCAAAUCCCUCAGCUUCGGUGAAGUGGGCCCAGCAGCAUCUGCGAAGAAAGGCUCACUUCCAAGGGCAUAG